UGGAAAGAUGAAGUCCAACAAAAGUUCUUAGAAUGCAAAGAAGACACAUGCGCUGUUCUUGAAGAUGAAAUAGAAAACAGAAUAGAAGAGCUAUUAAAGGACAAAGACCUUUUACAUAAAUAUGGUUGCGCCAAAUUUGACAUAACUCCACCAGAGAAGAAGAAGAAGAAGAGAGAAAAGAAAGAAAAGAAAGUAGAAGAAGAGAAGAAAGAGCCAGAGCCAGAGCCAGAGAAAAAGAAAUUUGACAUGUAA